AUGGCGACAAGUGAUGUAAAGCUUCUCGGUGCAGCACCAAGCCCCUAUGUCAAUCGGGUCCAAGUCGCCCUCAACUUGAAGUCCAUUGACUAUGAGUUGAUUGAAGAAAAUGUAAUUGCCAAAAGCGAACUCCUCCUUAAAUCUAACCCCGUGCACAAGAAAAUCCCAGUUUUUAUUCAUGGCAGCAAGCCCAUCUGCGAGUCCGUUGUCAUCGUCCAGUACAUUGAUGAGGUCUUUACGAAUGGUUCUUCGAUCUUCCCUUCUGAUCCCUACGAGCGUGCCACUGCUCGUUUCUGGGCAGCCUAUAUUGACAAUAAGUGGUUUCCAUUAUUCAGGGAGCUUUGGACGGCAAGGGAGGAGGCAGCGAGGCCCGCAGUGGUAGAUAAAAUAGUUGAAGGGCUGGUGUUGUUGGAGGAAGUGUUUGGCAAAGGUGGCAAAGGGAAAGCUUUCUUUGGUAGGGAUAGUAUUGGGUACCUUGAUAUUGUCCUGGGUUGCUACUUGGGGUGGCUGUGGGUGUUAGAGAUAACGGCUGAGGUGAAGCUGCUUAUUGAAACCAAGACACCGGAGUUGUUGGCAUGGGCUGAGAGGUUUUGUGCAAAUGAUGCUGUUAAAGAUGUAUUACCAGAACCUGCGAAGCUCAUAGAGAUUCUUAGGAUUUGUAAGGCGAGAGAAAUUGUGGCUGCUGCUGCUGCAAAUAAGGUCUAUAGUUGA